ACAGAAUGCCGAACGAAAAUGACUUUUUUGCUGUUUAUGGGACCGAGUUUGAGGAGCUGGAAGAUGAGGAAACUAUGUCAAAGAAACCAGCUGGAAUACAGGAUCAGAUUGUAACAGAUGAAAAUGGACGUCGUAGAUUCCAUGGAGCAUUCACGGGAGGGUUCUCCGCUGGUUAUUAUAAUACAGUUGGUAGCAAAGAAGGGUGGACACCUCAAGAAUUCAAAUCGUCCAGAGAGCAACGUGCUGCCCUCAUUCAGCAGAGGGCAGAGGAUCUUAUGGAUGAAGAGGAUCUCGGAGAAUUCGGCAUUGGGGCUAGACGGAUCCGUACUGCCGAGAAGUUUACGUCGGGAAAAUCGGCGGAGAAGCGUAUGGCUUGGGAGCAUGACGUAACCACCACCUCUGGAACUUCUAUAGCCCAACAUCUUGAAGAUGUCAUUAGACCUGUGAGUGACUCCAUUGGAAAGCGCAUGCUAAGAGCUAUGGGAUGGCGCGAAGGGCGAGGUGUAGGACUUAUGACAUCAAAAAUGAAAAAGCAAGUGAGCGAUUUUGACUCUGAACGAAUCAAGGCUGCUGCACCUGAAGGCUACGAAGCCGGAACUGAAGAUGUCUUGAUGACUCGGUUAAAAUCCGUUGAAGGCAUUCACGGAUUGGGUUACGAGGCCAUGAGCGCUUCUACUGUGCUUGAUGAACGGUAUGGAAGGGUAGCGUCAGCCUUUAAAGCACAUGCGAAAAGUAAAGGAAUCAAGGGACAGGCCUUUGGUGUCGGCGCAUUUGAGGAAGAUGAUGAGAAUAUUUAUUCAAAUUAUGAUUUGGAUCAAUUUGAUUUUGCAUUGGAUGCUCCGGGCACAUCAGAAGAGGAAUCGUCUGGUGUGGACAGCACAUUUGUAUUGGCCGGCAAGCGCUUGAAUCCACGAAAAUUCUAUGCACCACCAAAAUUACCUUCUAACUUUCGGCCAGCUCAUCGCCCAAUAGCUCCAGCAGCCGUUAAACUACCAACAGCUCUGCAAGAUGCAAUGAAGACGCUGACAGCAAUCCAAAGAGCAAAAUUACUUGGAGAGGACCGCGUUUCUGUGAUGGAACUCGUAAGCGAUAAAGAUCGUAAACGUCUUGAGCAACAUCGAAGCAGAUGGGACCAGCGGGAAAGGUCAGAUCAGAGAAGAGAAGAUACAAGCGGCAGCAAGGAUCGAGUUGAGUUUCCCAAUGAGCCUAUGAAGCAGUCUAGGUUCAAAGAGUAUCUCAAAUAUCUUCGAAGAGGACUUGUACUUCCACAGCCAAAGGAGUUGACUGUAUGGGAAUGGGAGUCUGAACGUAAGGAGUUUGAUAAAAGAUUAACGGCUGAAGAAAGGGGAAUGCUACCCGAGGUCCGAGCAAGGGCACAACCUCUGGCAAAAUCCAGUUUGGCAUUGCCGAUACAAGAGCUUUUACAAAAUAAGUUUGCUAAAGAAACUGGUUCUUCUGGUCAUUCAGCCAAACAUGACAGCGAUAAAAUGGCAGCGGUUAAGAUGGGUAUGUUCGGAGACAGAACGCGAACGACAUUUCAAUGGUACCCCGACAAUGUCCUCGCGAAACGAUUUAACAUUCCGAAUCCUUACCCGGGAGCUGGAAUGGUUGGAGUGCCUCAUCUUCAGAAAAGUACAAAGAAAGAGACUUUACUCAACCUUGGCUUACCUCAGACUGCCAGCGAGAUUGCUCACAGAAGAGCUCGUGAAAUAGAACACCUUGAAGAAGAGGAGGCUGAAGAGGCGAAUACGAAGGAGCUGCGCGAUGAUGAUUUGGACAGACCACCCCAGAACAUUUUUGAUGUCAUAUUUGGAGAGAGCGACAGUGAGAGUGAGAGUGAAACUGAAGAGGAGAAGAAGGAAGAAAAAGACGAUAAGAAGAAGGAAGAUGAUGCAAGAAAGGACGACAAGGAAGAAGAGAAGGAAGUCAAACAGGAGAUCAAAACAGAAGUUGUGGAGACGGUGGCAGAGGAGGCGCCGAAAAAGCCAGUCACUGUAAUGGAUAUUGUGGAUGACGAUGUAGAUUUUGGACCUGCACCUCCGCCGAGCACUAGUGAGACCAUAACUGGAUUUUCCGUUUUGAAGUACCUCAAGGAAGAGAUCGACAAAAGGAAAGACAAGAAGAAGAAAGGACAUAAGAAGCAUAAGUCUGAGGUGAGAAAUCUAAGAAAGACAAAUUUUCCAAGAAAUCCAAAAAGGAAAAGUCUGGAAAAAGUUCCCAUCGAAGUAGUCGACACCACCAUCAUCAUCAUCACCAUCAUCGAUCGCCCUCCUCUUCCUCGAGUAGUAGCUCUUCUGUAGUCGAAGUAAUUGAUUGAUUCUGAUCAGAACGGGUUUGGUCGCUUGUUAUACAUAGCUGUUGUUAUUCAUCAUUUAUUUAUGUGAUCAGUGUAAAUAAAAUGAACUUAUAUUUUUUUCGCCAGUGUGGAAAGUAUGUUUAAGUAAAUCAAAGGAGUUUGA